AUGAGACACCAAGACUUACCGAGCAUCAAUGUUGCUGUUCGUCUUAUGGGGGACUAUGGAGAUGCCCACGAGCACCCCGACCCCAACCCCCACCUCGGUUACAAAGGGUCGACCGAUGGCCGCGCGCAGCGGGAGAUGUCCACCUUCAUCGAAAGUAAGGACGACAAUGGUUUCGAGAUCGUCAUUUCAGUGGAGGAUGAUCCUUCCCUGGACGAGUGGAUUUAUGAUGAAUUCUGCCUAGAAUUUCAACUUCUCGUCGAUGGCAGUCACAUGGGCAAGCGAAACGUGAAGGCUUGCAACCUGCGACGCAAUGGUAGAAGCUACACAUAUACUACACAGUUCAUUGGCGCCAAAGGGCCCGGGCGUGACCCUUACCAGAAAGAGCUUCGAAGGUUUGUAUUCUCUUCGCUCACCACCGGCUUUAUCCCCGGUACCAGGGACCGACAGCAAGACGGUCGCGACAACACGUAUAAGCAGACGGAUCACAGGAUCAGUACCAGCGGGUAUCCGUAUUCCGAGAUCUCCGAAGAAGCUCUGAAAGGAAGAGCACUCUCGCACAGCACAUCCUAUGCCAUACCGGAGGACAUUACGGGCCAUGGGGACGGAAGGCGUCCUCGGACUCGAAUCGUGGAUCGUGGCCGCCCGGUGAUGUCUUACCUAUUCAAGUACCGAUCCAUGGAGGGCCUCAAGAAGGAAGGAGUCGUGCAACGAACUCCUCCCCCCGACUACGAUGACGCAGUUCCGAAGAUGGAGUCACUACCACAGCACGAGAUUGAACGUCUAGCUCGCGUAAAGCUGAUACAGAUGAAGCGAGACCAUGACAGACAACGCGAGCCGCUGACGAAUUUGGGAACCAACGAGGCGGCGCGGCGCGGCGGCAAACGGCACAUUGACGAAGUAUACAGCCUGAAUGAGGAGGUUGAAGGAGGUCGACCUAGAAAGAUCUUUCGCAUGGACCCCUCGAUACCCGUCAUUGACUUGACCGACGAAUGA